GCAUCUGGGGAGGAGAUGGUGGAAAGCCAACACACUUUUCGCUCGCCUGAGUCCGCUGCCUCGCUUUGCGGUGCUCCACCCCGCUUGUCUUGUCCCCGCCUCCGCCUCCGUCUGCCCGGCCCGCUAGGCCGCGACUGGCCUCUAAACCUACCUCCCCCCCCCACCCCCCCCCCCCAACACCCGGCGAUGCCCUCGCGGCAGCCCCCGCCGCCGGCCCCGUCGCCGACCCCGGCCGUGGCGGCGGCGGUCGUCGCCGCGGACCUUCGAUCCCGCGGGGGGCGCCACCGCCGCCGCGCAUCAGCUGCCCCCGCAGCCACCGCGGGGGCCUCGGCCGCGGCGGCGCUGAUCUUAGCGGUCGCCGUCGCGCUGCUACUGUUGUGGCGGAGGCGGAGGCGGCGGAAGCUGGCCGCGGCGGCGGGGGCGCAGCCGGCGGCCGAGCUGCGGAGACUGUCGUACCAGCAUCUGCGGCGCGCGACGGGCGGCUUCGCGGCGGGGAGCAAGCUGGGUCAGGGCGGGUUCGGCCCGGUCUUCCGCGGCGCGCUGCCCCGGUCGGGCCAGCCCGUGGCCGUCAAGGUCAUGGACGCCGCGGGGUCCCUCCAGGGCGAGCGCGAGUUCCACAACGAGGUCUCCCUGGCCUCCCACCUCCUCGGCUGCGCCGCCCCGGGGGCGCCGCCGUCCAUCCUCCUCCCGUUCGCCUACUCGCUCUCCGCGCAGCCGCGCCGGCGGAGGAUGAUGCUCGUGUACGAGCUCAUGCCCAAUGGCUCGCUGCAGGACGCGCUGCUCGGGAAGAGGUGCCCGGAGAUGGUGGCCGAGUGGCCGCGCCGCCUCGCCGUCGCCCGGGACGUCGCUGCCGCGCUCCACUACCUGCAUUCCGUCGUGCAGCCGCCCGUGAUCCACGGGGAUGUCAAGCCCAGCAACGUGUUGCUGGAUGCGGACCUCCGCGCUCGCCUCUCAGAUUUCGGCCUCGCGCGGAUCAGGUCUGAAGAGGAGGAUGAGCUAGAGAGCGGUGGGAUUGGGGCCGAUGCGGAUGGGAAUGGCAAUCCCGGCGGUGGAUGUGACGAGGAUGUGUCAGUGGCCGGCGAGAGCAUGACUGCUGCCGCGGUCAAUGGGGAAGACAAUGCUGCCAAGUCACCAGAGGAUGAUGAGGCGUUCACCACGGCGUCUCCUGCAGAGGCUGCAUCCACUUCUGGAUGUGACAAGACUAGUGUUGGUAGCGGACUGAAUGCCCGAAGCUGCAAUGGUGGAGGAGCUGCAGGAUCAGGAUCUGGGAGUGACUGGUGGUGGCGUCAGGACAAUGGUGGCGGUGGCGGUGGUGUUAAGGACUAUGUCAUGGAAUGGAUCAGGUCUGAGAUCAAGAAGGAGCGGCCGAAGAAUGAUUGGAUUGCGGGAUCAUCUGCAAUUGCCCCUGUGACUUCAACGGAGAGGAAGAAGCCAAAGCGUCGCGCGCGGGAGUGGUGGCGUGAGGAGUAUGCAGAGGAGCUCACUAAGAAGCAGAAACGGCGGGCGCUCGCCAAGUCGAAGAGUGACGCUGGUGCCAUGUCUGGUAUGCAGUGGUGGGAGAGGGAUUGUGAUUUAGAGGAGAAGGGGCAUUCAAGGUGGAGGAUGAUGAAAAAAAGCUGGAGCCGGAGGAGCAGCAAUGGCAAUGUCAGCAUCGGUUGGUGGGUGGACGGUGUGAGAAGGAGCAGCAGGGAUUGGGCCAGUGGGGAAUUUGUGCCCAAAAGUGGUGGCGCAGUGAGCAGCACACCAAGCAUGAGAGGCACAGUCUGCUAUGUGGCUCCCGAGUAUGGUGGUGGAGGACCUCUAUCAGAGAAAUGUGACAUUUACAGCUUUGGAGUGUUGUUGUUAGUUCUUAUAUCUGGACGCCGCCCACUCCAAAUGACCACCUCACCAAUGUCAGAGUUUGAGAAGGCGAGUCUCAUCUCAUGGGCGAGGCAUCUUGCUCAGGUUGGCCGUUUGCUUGAUCUUGUGGACCCUGCACUGCAGGACGUUGAUCGAGACCAAGCGCUUCUAUGCAUUACCGUUGCGCUCCUUUGCAUCCAGCGGUCACCAGCUCGCCGCCCCUCAAGCGCAGAGGUGCUUGAUAUGCUCGCUGGUGAGGGUGAGCCACCAACUCUUCCGUUAGAAUUCUCGCCUUCACCUCCUGGCGGGUUCCCUUUCAAGUCCCGAAGGAAAGCCCGGAGUGCAAAGCUUGAACAGUUGAUUUUGCAGAGAGACAGAGAGAGAGAGAGAGAGAGAGAGAAGCAUGCUGCUUUUGGACAUGCCUUUUCUUUUUUUUGGAGUAGUGCCCUGCCAGGCCCUCUGACUGCAGUGUGUCCUCCCCCUUUUGACAACCAUUUGCUUCUAAACAAGCACACCCAGUUGUGUGAUGGUUUGAACUUUCAAGCUUUCCUUGUUGCGCAGUUCCCUUUCACUUUUUUCGUUCCACUGAGAUUGACUUUCCCUUAGCACUCUCACUUUCUCCAGCAAGUAUAUUCUACCUAGUUGCUGGCUUGCUUCGAACAGCUUGAAAAAUAAUCUUCAAGUAGGCCACUGUCGUGCAUACUAUCUGAAAAGGCCUUUUGUCAAUCCUGCUAGUGUGGGCAUAUAUACCUCUAAUUGAGAUUCGCUCUCUAUACUUGAACGGCUUAACCUGGAAUAAAAUUCUGGGUCAUGUUUUAAAGCAGUUACAGAAAAGUCCAAGCUUGUAUAGACCUCCUACCCAUUCUUUGUGCAUUAUAUGAAAAAUGUUCUCGCAGUGAGUUCUAAGACUUGUAAGUUAUUUAUCUGUUGAAACUACAUCAGCCGGCAUAUAAAUCAAACUACAUCACCCCUUGCUAAUUUGACACCAGCUUGUGCUAUUCUUUCAUUUUGUUAUGCAUUUAUUU